GUGACUUGCCUGACAAUGUUUAAAGCGGUAAGUUUGUUUUCGGUUAACAAGAUCAGUGAUUAUCUCUUCAUUUGUAAACAGUUGCUAGUCCUUCUAUUUGUCAACUUGGCAUUGGCGGCGCCUGCCAUUUUUGUGCCGCGUAUCAGUGUAGAGGAUGAAAAUCAAUUUGGCUGGAAGCUGGAACCGCACGAUGACCGUUAUGAACUAGACGUGCUGCUGAAUGAAGCCACGCGUGUGGAGACCGUGCAGGAGAUUUCACUCGACGAGCUCCAGGUGAAUGGGCGACUCUAUCAAUUUUACCCUGAUAAUAAUGGGAAACUGCAUGUCACCUAUAAAGCAGAUCGCAAUGGUUAUGUUGCCAAGUAUCAGUAUGGAACACUCGAUUCCGGAUCUAUCACACCACAGAGUCUGCCCGCAUCAAUUCUUAAGGCAGCAGCUGGCUGAGUACAAUGUUCCCGCUAAAAUGCGAAAACGAAUUCCAGUUUAAAGAAGUUCGAAGUUUCUUGUUUUGUUUGUUUGUUUUGCUAAAGUUGCUACUUGUAUAGGUUUUUCAAAUCCGAAGAUAAUAAAAAAAAGUUGCUAAAAUAAAUAAUGAUCUAAAAUUAAAACUC